CCUCCCAAAGUGCUAGGAUUACAGGCGUGAGCCACCGCGCCCAGCCUCCACAAAACUUUCAAAAGUUAUUACUUCGCUAAAAAUAACAGCGUAGAAGCCAUUGUGCAGCGCCACGCAAUCUCGGCUCACUGCAGCCUCGACCUCCCAGGCUUAAGCGAUCCUCCCAUCUUAGCCUCGCAGGUAGCUGGGGCCACAGGCGCGCGACACCACGCUGGGCUAUUUUUUAAAAUAAAGUAAAAAUCUUCGCCAGGCUGGUCUCGAACUCCUAGGCUCGACAGAUCCUCUCGCCUCAGCAUCCCAAAGUGUUGUGAUUACAGGCGUGAGCCACCGCUUCCAUUUUUAGAGUUCUAUUCUGAGGACUAACGCCGUUCAACAAGUUGGUGUGAAUUUGUUUGCAUUUUUCGAAACCCCAAAGCCGGCCUGGGCCCCAUCCCCAUUUGCCCCGGGCCCCUCAGGGCCCCGACCCCAGGCAGCGCCCCGACCCCAGGCAGCGUCCCGAUCCCAGGCAGCGCCCCGACUCCAGGCAGGGCUACCUCCAACUCCCAGCCUCCCCAGGCCGGGCCCCCGCCCCGCUCCCGACAGGCUCCUCUCCCCGUGGCGGGGCCCCUCGCCCAGGCAGCACACCCUCUCACCCCGACCGGGCCCCCACCCCUCUAGGAGGGCCGGCGUUGGGGGAGAGCGCCGGGACGUGCCCGAGAGUGACACUCGGGCUUGGGACAGGGCGUGCUGCCGCGGGUCACGUGCUGCGGAGGCUCGGGGAGGGGCGGCGAGGCGGGGUUUAUAGCCCGGGCGCCCGCGGGCCCCACGCUUUGACCGGGUCGUGGCAGCCGGAGUCGUCUUCGGGACGCGCCUGCUCUUCGCCUUUCGCUGCAGUCCGUCGAUUUCUUUCUCCAGGAGAAAAAUGGCAUCCGUUGCAGUUGAUCCACAACCGAGUGUGGUGACUCGGGUGGUCAACCUGCCCUUGGUGAGCUCCACGUAUGACCUCAUGUCCUCAGCCUAUCUCAGUACAAAGGACCAGUAUCCCUACCUGAAGUCUGUGUGUGAGAUGGCAGAGAACGGUGUGAAGACCAUCACCUCCGUGGCCAUGACCAGUGCUCUGCCCAUCAUCCAGAAGCUAGAGCCACAAAUUGCAGUUGCCAAUACCUAUGCCUGUAAGGGGCUAGACAGGAUUGAGGAGAGACUGCCUAUUCUGAAUCAGCCAUCAACUCAGGGUCUUGCUCUGUCACCCAGGCUGAGUGCAGUGGCACAAUCACGGCUCACUGCAGCCUUGGCAAACAGGCAAAUUUCAUAUCUGUUUACUUCAUUUGCUCCUCCAGCAAUUCCCAAGGAUUGGCAGAUUGUUGCCAAUGCCAAAGGUGCUGUGACUGGGGCAAAAGAUGCUGUGACGACUACUGUGACUGGGGCCAAGGAUUCUGUGGCCAGCACGAUCACAGGGGUGAUGGACAAGACCAAAGGGGCAGUGACUGGCAGUGUGGAGAAGACCAAGUCUGUGGUCAGUGGCAGCAUUAACACAGUCUUGGGGAGUCGGAUGAUGCAGCUCGUGAGCAGUGGCGUAGAAAAUGCACUCACCAAAUCAGAGCUGUUGGUAGAACAGUACCUCCCUCUCACUGAGGAAGAACUAGAAAAAGAAGCAAAAAAAGUUGAAGGAUUUGAUCUGGUUCAGAAGCCAAGUUAUUAUGUUAGACUGGGAUCCCUGUCUACCAAGCUUCGCUCCCGUGCCUACCAGCAGGCUCUCAGCAGGGUUAAAGAAGCUAAGCAAAAAAGCCAACAGACCAUUUCUCAGCUCCAUUCUACUGUUCACCUGAUUGAAUUUGCCAGGAAGAAUGUGUAUAGUGCCAAUCAGAAAAUUCAGGAUGCUCAGGAUAAGCUGUACCUCUCAUGGGUAGAGUGGAAAAGGAGCAUUGGAUAUGAUGAUACUGAUGAGUCCCACUGUGCUGAGCACAUUGAGUCACGUACUCUUGCAAUUGCCCGCAACCUGACUCAGCAGCUCCAGACCACGUGCCACACCCUCCUGUCCAACAUCCAAGGUGUACCGCAGAACAUCCAAGAUCAGGCCAAGCACAUGGGGGUGAUGGCAGGCGACAUCUACUCAGUGUUCCGCAAUGCUGCCUCCUUUAAAGAAGUGUCUGACAGCCUCCUCACUUCUAGCAAGGGGCAGCUGCAGAAAAUGAAGGAAUCUUUAGAUGACGUGAUGGAUUAUCUUGUUAACAACACGCCCCUCAACUGGCUGACAGAGUCUCGCUCUGUCGCCCAGGCUGGAGUGGCGGUGAACCUCGGCUCACUGCUCCUGGAUUCAAGUGAUUCUCCUGCCUCAGCCUCCUGAGUAACUGGGGCUACAGGGGCAUGCCACCACGCCUGGCUAACUUUUUGUAUUUUUAGUAGAGACAGCGUUCCACUGUGUUAGCCAGGAUGGUCUCAAUCUCCCAACCUCGUGAUCCUCCCAUCUCGGCCUCCCAAAGAAAGGGCUGGGAUUACAGGCGUGAGCCACUGCAGCUGGCCUUAAUUUUCUUGUUUUAAUCUGUUGUUUGCUAAGAAACAUUACCUAGCUUAUCGAAAUUGUAUAUAAAAUAAAAUUUGAUAGAGUUUCUUGUCCCUAAAGGCUUUCCUGUGCAGGGAAGAGGUAGGGUUUUGUGAUGGCUGUUUCAACCAUAAAAAGACCUUUUGUUUCCUCAGUUGCUAAACAUUUGCCUAGACACUUGCUUAUGGAAAAGUGGGGUAUUAUUGUUUUUAAGAAAGUAAUAGAUUAAUAGUUGAAUAACAAGAAAUGCUUUAUAUCUGGUAUUUUUUAAAAAAGCUUCAUUGACUAGGUUCCACCACUAGUUAGUUUCCUUUUUAAAAGGUUUCCUUAGUGCUUUUAUAGUAUGAGGGAAUUGCAGGAAUAAGACCACAAACAUCUUUUCAAAAAGCACAGCUAUGGACAAAGCAAGGUUCAUCUACAUGCACUAAAGUCUCCAUGAGCUCAGAUGGACCUGACAACUCACUUCAUUGGUGUUUGUUUCAAUAUCCAAGAUUCUUCUUUUACAGGUGUUUGAUUUCACCACCAUAGACUUGACAUCUGAGACUGAUGAAAUUCCAGAUAUUAUAGCUUUGGAAGAGGAGAAUGGAUCAAAUCAUUCACAUGCUAAUGGCCCUGUCCUCUCAGGGCAAAAUGUUGAAUAACAACAAUAAAAUACCCCUUUUGGUUGAAUAUGUAAUUUGUAUUACAUUAAACUCCCUGUUUUUAUUCCUGUGACUUUGAAGA